GGACCACCGCUGAGACACAUGGCUCUCCUGAGGUCGGGCUGGCUGUGGAGACAGACUUCUGUCCUAAAACGCUGGAAGUUAAACUGGUGUGACCUUUGGAUAGACGGGAGUCUUUGCUUCUACAAGAAUGACAGUAGGCGAGAGUUGGAGCACCGCGUCAGCCUCAAGACAGCAUGUGUAGAUGUGAGAUCUGGCCUGGAAUGUGGAGAUGUGACUCCACCAGAGAGUAAUCCCAGAGAGAAUUGCAUUGUGGUUCAGCUCAAAGACGGCUCAACAGUCAAUCUGUGUGCAAACAGUGAGGAUGAAUCCAUAGCAUGGAAACUGACUCUGCUGGACACCAAGAGAAACCCGGUGUUCACAUACGACCCAUAUGAUGACUCCUACCAGGCUGUUCCUAUCAACAGCCAUCAUACUGUCUACAUCACACCUGGAGCAGGACCAGGAACCCACCAGGUGGUUGUUCAGAGGGACCCAUUUGAUGGAGUGUUAGAUAAUCUAGCACUGGGAUUACUGGCAGGCAUGGCAGCAGGAACAGCCAUGCGAUCCUUCCUCUGGAUGCCCUUCUUUUUCUGCUGAGAUGAUCUCCAUUACUGACAUGACAACGCCUGCACACAG